UGUCAGGCCUUAUCGCGAGCAUUGCCGCGAAUCGACACGUCUAGGAGCGAUCGCGGAGCAGAGAGAUCCGCGGGACCGGGACUCAACACGAUCAGGCAUUUGAAUUCUUCUGGCGGUAGUGCUGCUAGAGCGAUUGAUGUGUAAUGCAGACGGCGCGGAUGAGAUGAGACGUCAUUUGACAGGCGCACCCGGCGAUUGCGAGGUAAUCCCCGCCAGCGGAGGCCUGGACGGAGGUCUUGGCGUCGAGGCACCACCCUUCUUGAGCCGGAACCAGCGAGGCAGCCGCUCUCGAAACCAUCGCCCGCAGACCACCGACUCCCUCCUUCGCCAAAGGAGAUGCCCUAUUCGUACUGAAUCGCUCUGUCACCGCGCACGGUACUGAAUACGCAUAAUUCCGCUUCCGCUGCAGUCCACCAUGGCGUCGGAGAAAAGCCAGCUCAAGCGAGGCCGCCAAUCGCAAGGCGAGCAGGUCGAGCCCAAGAAGCCCCGUCGGUCAGAGCGCAACACCUCGCCCAGCGACCACGCCGCGCACCUGAAGCAGGGCCCGCUGCCGUCCCCCGUCACACACAAAGCCGACUCGACCGCGACCGAUGAAUUCAAGGAAGGCACCGUUACCCCGCCGAGCAAAGGCUCGAGUGAACAGUCUCAACGAGGCGGCCUGCGUAGCCCUCCACGGACCGGCGGCGCUAACAGCCUGUCGUCUCCACCCCAGGAUACGCAGCCCUUUUCGCAGUUCACAUACCCAACCAACGACCGCUCCUGGGCAGUAGACGAUGAGGAGGGCGAGGGCGUGUGGGGAUAUCUGGUGCCUCUAGACACUCGAUCGGGAGAUGUCAUGGUCCUCCGCCGACGAUCAGCUUGUCCCGUCUCAUCGUCAAGAGUUGCCAACACCUCGGGCACAGAAAAGGUUGCGAAAACCAAGUUCAAAAAGCAGGAGGAGGGAUAUGAGCAGGAAAAGGUGGAGAACGGUGUGACUUCAGGCGGCUAUCUCAUCGGACGACACCCGGAGUGCGACCGGCAAUUGGAGUCGCCAACUGUAUCGAACCGACACUGUCUGCUGUUCCCCGAGAACAAGGGUGGUGAUGCGAUCGCCGUCCUAGAAGAUUUGUCUGGCAAUGGCACAUUUGUCAACGACACGAUCGUCGGUCGAAACAAGCGGCGCGAGCUGCAGGAAGGCGAUGAGAUCAGCAUUCUGGAUCAAGCUCGCUUUGUCUUCAGGUACCCAUCGUACCGCGACACCAACGGCUUCCGGCAGCAAUACUCUUUACAGGAACAGCUGGGCAAGGGACACUUCGCAUCCGUUUACCUGUGCAUAGAGAAGAACUCUGGCAUGAGGUACGCCGUCAAGAAGUUCGAGAAGCGUACGGGUCCUGUCGAUAAAUCCAAGGUCGAUGGUCUUCAGCAAGAGAUUGCUGUGCUCAUGGGAGUUAGUCACCCCACGCUGCUAUGCCUUAAAGACACAUUCGACGAAGCCGACGGAGUCUAUCUCGUUCUCGAGCUGGCUCCGGAGGGCGAGCUCUUCAACUGGAUCGUCAUGAAACAGAAGUUGACCGAGUCGGAAGCGCGCAAGGUGUUCGUACAACUGUUCCAGGGGGUUAAGUAUUUGCAUGAACGCAACAUCGUCCACCGAGACAUCAAACCGGAGAAUAUUCUGCUCACCGACAAGAACCUGUCCGUCAAGCUUGCUGACUUCGGACUGGCCAAGAUUAUAGGCGAAGAGUCCUUCACCACUACCUUGUGUGGAACGCCGUCAUAUGUCGCCCCUGAGAUUUUAGAGAGCACUAAUCACCGACGGUACACACGUGCGGUCGAUGUGUGGUCCCUCGGAGUAGUACUGUACAUUUGUCUGUGUGGAUUCCCUCCCUUUUCCGACGAACUUUACAGCGCCGAGAACCCAUACACACUAUCGCAGCAGAUCAAGAUGGGCCGUUUUGACUACCCCUCACCUUACUGGGAUUCAGUCGGCGACCCGGCACUUGACCUAAUCGACCGCAUGUUGACCGUUGACGUGGAUUCUCGCAUUACGAUUGACCAGUGCUUGGAGCACCCGUGGAUUACUCAGGCGGAGAUCAACCCAAACGAUAGUACUGAUGGGCUUACGGGAGCAAUCGCCAGCCUCGAUUUCUCCAAACGUAAAAUCUACCGCGAGCGAACUCUGCUCUCCAGCAUCAACGACAUUAAGGUCACCCGAGUUAUCGAAGGCAGUGAAGGCCAACAGGCAGUCAAGGUCUACGAAAAGAACAAAGACAAGGCCAAGAAUUGCGUGAAAGACUUGAACGGCGCCCACCAGAAAGAGGAAACUCCUUUCGCGAAUAGGGAUCCGGAUGAGUUUAUCCAACUGGGUGGGAAAGGAGACCAGCAGCUUUUCGACGCAGCGGAGCAUUCCAUCUAUCCUGAUGACCUGAGUUCCGUCGCACCUGCAGCAAAGACCUGAUCUUGAAAUACAAAAGCAGAUCAGGUGUUAUCAUACGGGCGUCAAGCGGCGUUCUUGCCGCGAUAUGGGACAUGUCUAGAUGCUCAUAGUUUCCCAGGUUUUUGGUCACUGGCCGGUUUGGAGUUUGGGAGCCUUAUCAGAAGUGUUACCAUAUUCAUGGUCGCAAUGCAGACCUUCUCGAAAGGGGCUGAUUUUACACAUGGUAAAGGUGGCCGCGGUCAUAUGUUCUGUUCGAGCAUCGCUUAGCCGUGAAAGAUUAAUCAAGGACUCAAAUUACAUAUGUACAACAUACUACAUGCCAAC